AUGUAUGAAUUACUUAUGCCCCCGAAUCUCUACAAUAUCCCCUCGGCCAUCGGAGGUUCUAAAGAGGCCAAAUGUCCGGCGGCCCCAGCUUACACCAUCGUGGGCCGACAUCCUCCUCCGAAGAGAAACGAGGCCUUCCCCGGCCCUGGGGCUUACGAUGCGACCGACGCGCCUCUACAGCCCAGGCCGGCGGCUUACACAAUCAGGGCCAGGUUACCCGACCCGUCAACCCGGACCAAAAAUCCUGGACCGGGUGCAUACUACCCGGAAAAGAUUUACAAAGCCCAUCAACUCCUGCCUCCUGAAUUAUCUUUUGGAGUCCGUCAUACCCCAUACAAAGGAAUUCCCGAUAAACACAUGAUCCAGAAUGAGGUCUUGUGCACAGGACCCCCGAGGGGAAAAUUCGAUCCUUUUGCUUUCGAAUAA